UUGUUCCAUUCUGUAUUCUUUCUUAAACGGCUUUUAUUUUUACAAUUAUUCGUAGUUGGAGGAAAAUGGAAGUUUGACCUGUCAAAUUGUGGAUAACAGAUAAUUUUUUUUCAUUUUAGUAGUCAAUCAGCAGAAAGUUUUGUAGUAAGAUUAAAGUCUGUGUCUAUAUAUUAAAAAUAAAUUAUCACGCAGUCUAUCAACAACUACUACAGUAUCCAACGUCAGCAGCAUAAUAUUCAGAAAUGAGCAGUUAUUAAAUAUAUGUUACACGAAUUGGAAUCGUAAUUUUCCUACCCGUGAAAAGUGAAGUAAAGUGAAAAGUAAAAUAAAUUGAAAAUGAAUGUGUUGUAAAAAACAGCAUAAAACAUUUAAUGUGAAGUGAAAAGACGGCUAAUUUUUGGCUGCAAAGAGUUGGCCGCAUACUCCGUACAAUUUGAAGACCAAUACUAAAGUUUUCUAUAACAAAUAUUGUAGUUGGUUAUAAGAGGACUAAUUUUUAGGACAUAUUAACAUACUUAUGUACAUAUAUAUUUUGCACGUGCUCAUGUGUGUAACGUACCUUCAAGAAUGCGCUUAACAUCAUACUGCCACAGUUUUACGGUUCCAGAAUGUGAUUAUGUUUUUUGUUUCAAUGAAAAAAUCAUUGUGUGUUGCGAAAUACAGGACAUAAAAUAGAUCCCGCGUAUAUGUAGCUUUUUCAGUGAAAAGAAUAAUGCACAAACAUUGAUACAUACAUUUUUUAAAUUUUAAUGUUUUAAUAAAACCUGCAAAACUGACUCCAAACAUGAUACAAUCAACCCAAUCAACGCAUGGUGUUAGCUCAAAUCUCUAUCACCAGUUGGUGCAACGCGAAUUGAAUCUGUGGCCACAACGCAAUCCUCGAACAUUUACUGGGCAUUUAUAUACGGAGCGCUAUCGAGUUGCAAAUAAUUUAUAUAAGACUGAUUUGCGAGCUCAUUACGGCUGUGUGAAUGCUAUAGAAUUUUCAUAUGGUGGAAGAUAUCUCGCAUCAGGCGGCGACGAUAAACGUGUACUUAUAUGGGAUAUUGAAAAAGCAAUUGCCCAUCAUGGACGCCCCCGUGUAUUACAAACGGAACAUACCAGUAAUAUCUUCUGUUUAGGCUUCGAUCGUUGUAAUCGUAUUGUAUUGUCUGGUGGAAAUGAUGAUUUGGUAAUAGCACACGAUUUUGAGACCGGUAAACUUGUCAAUGUCUUCAAACACAAUAAUCCUGUGUAUGGUCUAUCCAUUGAUCCGAAAUGUGAUAGUAUUUUUGCGACAGCAUGUGAGGAUGGACAAAUUUUAGUGUUCGAUCAACGGGUUGACACGGCCGAUCCUUUAGUUGUAGCUCAACAGCACACAUCAUUUCAUGCAGUUGAAUUUCAUCCUGCUGGUGGGAAUUUUUUAGUCACUGCUAAUUCUAAACGAGGAGCUGCUUUUUGGGAUAUACGCAAACCGCAUCAUCCUGUUAUACAAUAUGGCGGUCAGGUGGAUGAUCCACCUAGUUGUAUGAGUGUGCGUUUCAAUUCGAAUGGAAGCCUUAUAUUAGCUCUGCGUCGUCGUUUACCACCGAUCCUUUAUAAUACACAAUCGCCGGAACCGGUUUGCACAUUUUACCAUGGAAAUUAUUAUAAUUCAUGCACCAUGAAAAGUUGUACAUUUGCGGGAGAAAACGAUGAAUUUGUCCUAUCUGGUUCUGAUGAUUUUAACCUUUAUGUAUGGCGUGUGUCCGAUGUGAACUUGGAGAGGACUGAUCAAUGGGUAGAAAAUACGCAAAUGGUGUUAUAUGGGCAUCGUUCCAUUGUUAAUCAAGUUCGCUACAACCCACAAAAAUGUCUGCUGGCAUCUUCUGGCGUUGAAAAAAUUGUAAAACUAUGGAGUCCGUUUUCUCAGAAAGACUGGACCGGUUCGUUGUUGGAAAAAGCAACAUGUCCCGAAAACCCGAGGGAAUUGUAUUUACCUUAUAAUAUCUCUUCAAUGUCUACGUCGCCACAUAGUUGGUCACAUAUGUCACAUGACUAUAGUAGCCGUAAUACCAACGAAGAUCCUCGAAUGAUGGCGUUCUUUGAUUCGCUAAUCCAACAGGAAAUCGAAAGCUGGGAUGCGGACAGCUCAACAGACUCCUCACAUAAUUCAGACGCCACUCAUUCAUGCUCCAGCUCGAAUGAUAGUUCAGAUAGUAGCCUAGAUGAUGAAAGUGAUGACGAUGACGAUGAUGAUGAUGAUGGUGGUGAUGGAGGCGAUGCUGUUACUGAGGUCAUCAGUGUUCCCGUCAAUGUACCUAAUGGAAAUAAUGUAAUACGGGAACGUCCCACAAGACAUGCCAAACGACGUCUCACUAAACGAAAAGAUCUUAAACGUCGUAAAUCAAUCUAUAGAAAAAAAGCUAAACCUCAACGUCAUGCUUUUGCUAAUCGCAUUGCUUACUUAAUUGCCACCAAACGCAGUCGCCUAAGGCGUUUAGCAAUAAAGGGGGCGUCUUUAGGAAAUAGGCGACCUUACAAAAUUAUAAAAGUAUGUGAUAACAGUACAAGAAAAUGUGAGGCCAGCUGUAGCAAAUCGAUACGCUCGCGUUCACAAGUAAAGCGUAACCAAGCAUCUCACCGACGUAGUCACAAUUUAUCACGUAGAAAUAACUUUACUAUCGAUCAAGAUGUGUUAAGUGGAACUAUUGCAUCUACCUCAAGUGCAGUGGCGUCUGGUCAGGCGAUAACCAAUACAACAUCCGAAGCAACAACGAUAGCAGGGAGUACAAGCAGUCACCGUUACCAACGCCGAAAAUAUAAAAAGCGUAGUGUCUAUGACACAUCAUCAGAUGAUGGAAGAGAGAUGUCCGCUUCUAUUUCAACUAUUCCUAGCAAUGCUCCUAGCACAAGCACUGGAAUAACCACAACACUGAAGGAUGAUAUAAUCCGUUUAAGGCAACAACAGCAAAACAUAAUUGACUCUGACGAGUACGAGGACGACGAGGAGCCGUCUUCAUCAUCGUCAGCGCUUCAACGUCGCAGUCAUAAUAUCGCCGAUGUUGAGGUCGAUCCAACAGUGCAGCCGACAAAAAAAUUAAAUGGCGUACGUCGCAUUAACGACGCUGCAGCCAGGGAGCGCACCAACAUUCUUAAUGAACCGAAUAUGAAUUCAGAACGUCUGAUUAGUUUUAGCGUGGAGCGUGUCAUUAAUCAACACUCUCCCAUCCACUCGAACGCCACGCAAGUGACUGAAAAUCCACAGAUAUUAUCCAGCGACUCUUCUUCCACAACACCAAUUAUCAAUAAUACCGUGUCUAGAGCAAUAGAAACAACUCAACUACCUCAAACACAAAACGCAGAUUCGCUAUUCAAUAUUAGUAACAUUAGCGAUGGCAGUGUCAAUAUCAAUCACAACAAUAUUAAUAAUAGUAGCGGGAGUAGCAUCAGCCAGAUUGUCAUGCCAAAUCGCCGGCGUCGUGCACACAUGGCGUUUUCGGACAACUACUCCAGUCAUUCGAAUUCCAGACUAUCGAACAGUAGUUAUGCCGAUGAGGCAGUCGAGUCAUCCGCCUCAUCUACAUAUAUUGUUAGUGACGUAGUUCCUGAAACCAACGAAAAUGGUCUAAACGGCAGCAAUAUUGGGAAUAGUGGCAACGACGAUACCAGACAUAGUGCACACAUUUAUACCACGCCACUAAAACGACGCCGGAUUACCAUAAUACCGACCGGGGAUGAAGGCGAGGCUGCUUCUGACACCGAAAUCGCUACAAAGUGGAAUCACGAUAACAACAAUAGCAACAGCAGUAUGUUACAUAACGAUCAUGACUAUCCGAUUAGCAGCAGCAGUAUUCAUAACGUCAACAGUCACAACAGUUUCCAUCACAACUCAAUGGAACUGAAUGGAAUUUGUGUAGGCGAUGAUACGUCUGAGGUGGCUGCAACUAAUUUACAAAAAGUACACCACAGAAGCAUCAGCAAUGGCAGCUUGAAUAAUAAUACUACUAACAAUGCUAGUCACCACAAUUACGAACUAAAUCGCGAGCAUAGUGCGAAUGCACAUCACCAACAAAAUGCCACAUUGUUACUUCGUACACCCGAUAGUGGUAUAAGUAUAGGUGCCACAGUUACACCCGGCCAAACAAGCAGCAUUUGCCCCAGUUCAAGUGAAUCGACAACCAGUCGCUGGCAUCACAGUAACGGUGGCGGCAUGCUUAGCAGCGAUGGUGGGACAACACCCAACAACAGUGGAACUGUAAUCAGUCAUCGCAUGCUACCGCUUUGCGACGACAACUCGAAUGCAACAAUGGGAUUGUUUCAGCAGAAGGUUGCGCGUGUACGGCGCAAUUAUCGCAAAAAAUUUGCCGAAGACUCUGACGAAAGUGAUUAAUUGACUGAAAAUGAAAAUACAUACCUACAAACAAACAAAACGGUUAAGAAAAACACAUUUUUGUUUUGAAUAAGAACGGAAAGAGUUUAUAGUUGGUCCACUUAUACUUAUAUGCAUCAAGAUUUGAGCUAUUUUCUAGUAGCAUCCGACGUCUUUCACUAAAAGCACUUAAACCAGCUGUAUACAAAAUGAUGAUUCGCCGCAUUCUUUGGCUAGAUAAUAAUAAACAAAAAAGCAGUAACUCAUUAAAAUUAACUUACAUACAUACGAAACAUAUUUCAUAAGAACAAUUCAAAAUUAAUGACAUUUUCUGUGAAUACCUAAAAGCGUAUAAAUAUACUUACGAAAUUAUUAACCAUUAGUUAAAACGUAUUUCUAUCAAUAAAAUUAAUUGAAAAAAAAACAA